GGAUUAACUAUAGUCGGGUAACUUACAAGCAACUAAAACAAGAUUAAUAUCAAUUAUUGGUAGAGAAAUUGUUGGUCUUCAAGAAUAAUAUGGAAAAUAAACGUAUUAAACCAAAGUUAUAUUUAAAUGCCAAUGAAAUUUCUUUGGAAACACGUCAUUCAGCGAUAUGAGCGCUACUAUGCAGCAUACCUUCAAAUCACAUCCCCCCCUAUCGUUGCUUGCAUAAGGAGGAAAGAAGAUGGCCGUGAAGAAGGAGAAAGAAAACAAUCUCGAAGAGCGUUGAAGGUGGUAGAAGAACACGGUGCCUCGAAGAAGAACGAGCCACGAAUCGUCGAAAUCCGAUCAAGCUGAAGUUACUUGCACCAGCAGCGUACGAUAAACGCUCGAAAAGAACGUGAAAACGAGUGUUGGAUAGUUACAUGUGUGUCCUUGCGACAAAAAGUUCAGUCUAUCGAGGAUCGUCCUUGGAAUCGCCCGUCCCUGAAGCCGGCUCGAGGAGCUGCUCGUGAUCUCAAAAACAAAAAUGGCGGACGUUGACUCGAGGGUGGAUCAUUCGGAUCCCGAAUUGCGGUUUCUUUCCGUUGACAGGAAUAAUUUCAAUGAUCCCGCAACACAGGCGGAAUGGACACAAAAGAAGCUCGUUUGGGUUCCGCACGAAACCCAGGGUUUCGUUGCAGCCGGGAUAAAGGGUGAACGGGGUGACGAGGUCGAGGUGGAGAUUGCCGAAACUGGAAAACGAGUUCUCGUUGCAAAAGAUGAUAUUCAAAAGAUGAAUCCACCGAAAUUCGAUAAAGUUGAAGAUAUGGCUGAAUUAACGUGCCUGAACGAAGCCUCCGUACUGCAUAACCUCAAAGACAGAUACUACUCCGGCCUGAUUUACACGUACUCGGGGCUGUUCUGCGUGGUGGUAAAUCCAUACAAGAGGCUGCCAAUUUACACGGAAAAGAUAAUGGAAAGGUAUAAGGGUAUUAAGAGACACGAGGUUCCACCCCAUGUUUUCGCCAUUACGGACACCGCAUAUCGUUCCAUGCUUCAAGACCGUGAGGACCAGUCGAUUUUGUGCACCGGUGAGUCGGGUGCCGGGAAAACCGAAAACACGAAGAAAGUAAUCCAAUAUCUGGCAUACGUUGCUGCCUCGAAGCCAAAAUCAAAUGCGACACCGAGUCCAGCAUUAAUCAUAGGUGAAUUGGAACAACAACUGUUGCAAGCAAAUCCGAUUCUGGAAGCAUUCGGGAAUGCCAAGACGGUGAAGAACGACAACUCCUCAAGAUUUGGUAAAUUCAUACGAAUAAACUUCGACGCUUCCGGUUACAUCGCUGGUGCGAACAUUGAAACUUAUCUAUUGGAGAAAUCAAGAGCGAUUCGACAAGCGAAGGAUGAAAGGACUUUCCACAUAUUUUAUCAGCUCCUCGCUGGUGCUUCUCCAGAGCAAAAGAAGGAAUUUAUUUUGGAAGAUCCGAAGCACUAUCCGUUUCUGUCGAACGGCGCGCUUCCAGUUCCCGGAGUGGACGAUUCAGCCGAGUUCUUCUCAACCGUGAAAUCCAUGCACAUCAUGGGUAUGACGAACGAGGACUUUUCGUCGAUAUUCCGUAUCGUGUCCGCGGUGAUGUUGUUUGGUUCGAUGCAGUUCCGUCAAGAAAGGAACUCGGACCAAGCUACCUUGCCGGACAACACCGUAGCCCAAAAGAUCUCGCAUUUACUGGGUCUGAGCGUCACAGAAAUGACGAAGGCCUUCUUAAAACCGAGGAUCAAAGUAGGCAGAGACUUCGUUACGAAAGCACAGACGAAAGAGCAGGUGGAAUUCGCGGUGGAAGCAAUCUCGAAGGCCUGUUACGAGAGAAUGUUCAGAUGGUUGGUGAACAGAAUCAAUAGAUCAUUGGAUCGAACAAAGAGACAGGGAGCCAGUUUCAUCGGUAUCCUGGAUAUGGCUGGUUUCGAAAUAUUCGAACUGAACAGCUUCGAACAGCUCUGCAUUAAUUACACAAACGAGAAAUUGCAACAGCUGUUCAAUCACACCAUGUUCAUUUUGGAGCAAGAAGAAUAUCAGAGAGAGGGAAUCGAGUGGAAGUUCAUCGACUUCGGAUUAGAUUUACAGCCAACGAUUGAUUUAAUAGAUAAACCAAUGGGUAUCAUGGCGUUGCUCGACGAAGAAUGUUGGUUCCCCAAGGCUACAGAUAAAACGUUCGUCGAGAAAUUAGUAGGUGCUCACAGCGUGCAUCCGAAGUUCAUGAAAACAGACUUCAGAGGCGUGGCAGACUUUGCUAUAAUACACUAUGCCGGAAAAGUUGAUUACUCUGCCGCUAAAUGGCUAAUGAAGAACAUGGAUCCCUUGAACGAGAAUGUCGUUAGUCUCCUUCAAAGUUCCCAGGAUCCAUUCGUCUGCCACAUCUGGAAGGAUGCUGAAAUCGUUGGCAUGGCUCAGCAAGCGUUAACCGAUACACAGUUUGGUGCAAGAACGAGAAAAGGAAUGUUCAGGACUGUGUCUCAAUUGUACAAAGAACAACUGGCGAAAUUAAUGGUCACUCUGAGAAACACAAAUCCCAAUUUUGUAAGAUGUAUCAUACCGAAUCAUGAAAAGAGAGCCGGAAAGAUCGACGCUCCAUUGGUGUUGGAUCAGUUAAGGUGUAACGGUGUUUUGGAAGGGAUUAGAAUCUGUCGACAGGGAUUCCCGAAUAGAAUACCGUUCCAGGAAUUCAGGCAGAGAUACGAGCUUCUUACUCCAAAUGCUAUUCCAAAGGGAUUCAUGGAUGGAAAGAAGGCCUGCGAGAAAAUGAUUCAAGCCCUUGAACUGGACCCCAAUCUCUAUCGCGUCGGUCAGUCGAAGAUUUUCUUCCGUGCUGGAGUUUUGGCUCACCUUGAAGAAGAACGCGAUUAUAAGAUCACGGAUAUUAUUGUGAAUUUCCAAGCAUUCUGUCGCGGUUUCCUUGCUCGCAAGAACUAUCAGAAACGCUUGCAGCAAUUAAAUGCCAUCAGAAUUAUCCAGAGAAACUGUGCGGCUUAUCUGAAGCUCCGAAACUGGCAGUGGUGGCGUUUGUACACCAAAGUGAAACCACUGCUGGAAGUAACUAAACAAGAAGAAAAGUUGACUCAGAAGGAGGACGAACUGAAACAAGUACGGGACAAGCUGGAAAUGCAGUUGCAUUCUUCUCAGGAAUAUGAACGAAAAUAUCAACAAGCCAUCGAAGAGAAGACUAUGUUGGCGGAGCAGCUGCAGGCUGAAGUCGAAUUAUGCGCGGAAGCUGAAGAAAUGCGAGCAAGAUUGGCGGCUAGGAAGCAAGAACUGGAAGAGAUUCUCCACGAUUUGGAGGCAAGAAUCGAGGAGGAGGAAGAACGAAGCGCCGCGUUGACUCAGGAGAAAAAGAAAUUGCAAUUGAAUAUAAGCGAUCUUGAAGAACAACUAGAGGAGGAGGAAGCUGCUAGACAAAAAUUACAAUUAGAAAAAGUACAAUGCGAUGCGAAGAUUAAAAAGCUUGAGGAAGAUCUCGCGCUUUCUGAUGAUACGAAUCAAAAGUUAUUAAAGGAGAAGAAGAUCCUCGAGGAAAGGGCGAACGAUUUGUCGCAAACUCUUGCCGAAGAAGAAGAAAAAGCAAAACAUUUAUCAAAACUGAAAGCUAAGCACGAGGCGACGAUUGCGGAUCUUGAAGAAAGGUUGUUGAAAGAUCAUCAACAGAGGCAAGAAGUAGAUAGAUCAAAAAGAAAAAUAGAAACUGAAGUAUCAGAUUUGAAAGAACAACUGGCUGAAAGAAAGACACAGGUGGAAGAGCUUCAACUACAAUUAGGUAAACGCGAGGAGGAAUUGAAUCAAGUAAUGGCGAAGAUGGACGAGGAAGGAGCGGCAAAGGCUCAAGCUCAGAAAGCCCUCCGCGAGUUGGAAUCUCAACUGGCCGAACUGCAAGAGGAUUUGGAAGCCGAGAAAGCCGCGAGGGGAAAAGCAGAGAAAUUAAAACGCGACCUAAACGAGGAAUUGGAAGCAUUGAAGAACGAAUUGUUAGAUUCUUUAGACACAACUGCUGCCCAACAGGAAUUGAGAAGUAAACGGGAACAGGAAUUGGCUACGUUGAAGAAGAACUUGGAAGAGGAAACGUCGAUGCACGAAGCGACCUUAGCCGAUAUGCGUCACAAGCAUACUCAAGAACUGACCGCGUUGAACGAACAGAUGGACGCGUUGAAGAAAACGAAGGCUGUUUUGGAAAAGGCAAAAUCAGGUUUGGAGGCUGAAAACGCUGAUCUAGCGACGGAACUGAGAUCUAUCAGCGCUAGCAGACAAGAAUCAGACAGGAGAAGGAAACAGGCUGAACAGCAACUUGCCGAAGUGAAUGCAAAACUUGCAGAGGUUGAAAGGAACAGACAGGAAUUAGUAGAAAGAGUCACGAAAUUACAACAGGAAGCCGAAAGUGUGAUGCAGCAAUUAGAGACUGCAGAGUUGAAGGCUUCUGCGGCUAUAAAGGCUUCAGCUACCUGCGAAUCUCAAUUCACAGAACUGCAGCAGCAACUUGAAGAAGAAACCAGACAGAAGUUGGCUUUGAGUUCGAAAUUGAGAGCGUUGGAAAGUGAGAAGGAAAGUCUUCACGAUCAGUUGGAAGAGGAAGAAGAAGCAAAGAGAGCACUAGAUAAACAGGUUCUCGGCUUGAAUGUACAAUUGGCUGAAGCUAAGAAGAGAGCCGAAGAAGAAGCUGAAGCUGCUGCAGCGUUGGAAGAAGCUAGAAAACGAUGCAUGAAAGACAUUGAAGCGCUUCAAAGACAAGUUGAAGAAUUACAAGCUGUCAAUGAUAAAUUAGAUAAAUCGAAGAAAAAGGUUCAAGCAGAAUUGGAAGAUAGUAUUAUCGAGCUUGAAGCGCAAAGAGCAAAGGUUCUGGAAUUGGAGAAGAAACAAAAGAAUUUCGACAAGGUGCUGGCCGAAGAAAAAGCCGUCUCGGAGCAAUACGCAGAGCAGCGCGAUGCCGCGGAACGCGAGGCUCGGGAGAAAGAAACUCGUGUCUUAUCUUUGACUCGUGAACUUGACGAGAUGAACGAGAAAGUCGAAGAACUGGAACGAAUUCGCCGUGGUCUUCAAUCGGAGCUGGAUGAACUGGUGAACAACCAAGGGACAGCAGAUAAAAAUGUGCACGAACUUGAGAAAGCGAAACGAGCUCUCGAAUCUCAAUUGGCGGAGCAACGUUCUCAAGUAGAGGAACUUGAGGAUGAAUUACAAUUUACGGAAGAUGCUAAAUUGCGAUUGGAAGUAAACAUGCAAGCUCUAAGAACUCAGUUUGAACGGGACUUGCAAGCUAAGGAAGAACAAGCUGAGGAGAAGCGAAGAGGAUUGGUGAAACAGUUACGCGAUCUCGAGGCGGAAUUAGAAGAUGAGAGGAAGCAAAGGGCUGCUGCUAUUGCGCAACGCAAGAAGAUGGAGGCAGAUUACAAAGAUAUCGAACAGCAAUUGGAAAUGCACAAUAAGGUUAAAGAAGAUGCAUUGAAGCAAUUGAAGAAACUUCAGGCACAGAUAAAGGAUUGUACCAGAGAAACUGAGGAAGCCAGAUCAGCGAGGGAUGAACUGGCAACGAUUGCUAAAGAAACUGAAAGAAAGGUGAAGAGUUUGGAGGCAGAUCUGAUGCAAUUAACCGAAGAUUAUGCGAGUAGCGAACGAGCAAGAAGAGCCGCGGAGAACGAAAGGGACGAGUUACAAGAGGAACUGAACAACAAUGCGAACAAAGGGACGCUAAUGCUUGACGAGAAACGUAGAUUGGAAGCUAGAAUCGCGACGUUAGAAGAGGAACUUGAAGAAGAACAAUCGAACGCUGAGUUAUUAAUGGAUAGAGCUAGAAAAGCCCAGAUCGCUAUUGAGCAGUUGACCAAUGAUUUAACAACGGAAAGAUCGACUACACAGAAAUUAGAAUCGCACAAAAUGCUAUUGGAACGGCAGAACAAGGAAUUGAAAGCGAAACUUACCGAAUUGGAAACAGCUCAGAGAGCGAAGACCAAAGCUACGAUCCAACAAUUGGAAUCGAAGAUCAACAAUCUUGACGAGCAACUGGAAACCGAAGCAAAGGAAAGAUUUGCACAGCAAAAGAUUAAUAGAAAAUUGGAGAAGAAAUUGAAGGAAUUGAGCUUACAGUUAGAAGACGAGAGGCGAAACUCAGAUCAAUUUAAGGAACAAGCGGAGAAAGUGAAUGCUAGAAUGAAAGCUUUGAAGAGACAACUUGACGAAGCUGAGGAGGAGAUUAGUAGGCAUAAAGCGAUGAAGAGGAAAGCUCAGAGAGAAAUGGAUGAUAUGCUGGAAUCUCAAGAAGAGCUAACAAGGGAGGUAGCAAAUCUUAAGAAUAAAUUGAGACGAGGAGGUGGACCUCCAAUAAACCUUAGUUCGACGCGUUUGAAACGCGGCUCGGUUCAGACCGGUGGCUCCGGCGACGAUUCGACGACGCAGGACGAAAGCAUCGAUGGUGAGGAAACUGUCAACUGAACGAAAAAACACACACCGCUUAUUGAACCCUCACAACGCAGGAAACUCAUAAAAAUCCCAGGUCCAAGAGGUGCGUGCAAGAUCCACUUCCGUUCGGACGAAAACCGAGUUCCAAGCGCAGAACUCGUUUCCCCAAGUUCUGGAGUCGAUUCCUAUGCACCCAACGAUGCCAUUAGAUGAGGGCGGCUUUCUUCUGUACAUAAGAGACCCGGCAGGGCCGUACCGAGUAGUAUUUUAUUUCCGUUUUUGCGGAACAAGCGCAGAAAAUGACGAAUUCCUUCAUUUUUAUAAUAAAAACCGAUACAAGUAAACCUUCUCCACCUGUUACCAAUGAAUUCGUUAAUGAUCCUGGUUGUUAGUAAUUUCAAGCGAUGAUGUCAUGAUUAAAUUUCUAUUAAAUUUCUUUCUAAUAAAUUCAGCGCACGUAUCUCGCGUGUAUACGUUAAUGCCAUACCGUAUUAACGGCGCUGAAAUGCCAUACUUUAUUUAAGCUUUACAUUAGUAAUUUUCACAGCUAUCCAAUUUUUCUGUAAAGACUUCGUCAUUUUUUGUGAAAAAUGCUACUAUUCGUCGGGUAAGAUUGAGACUAGAAAUAUAUUAUUGGGGCUGCAUAAUCGAUAACGAAUUAACAUCGCAUUUAGGCAGCAUUAAUAUCUAUUAUAAUUAUAUUAUAGUUAUUAUUAUUAUUAUUAUUAAUUAUUAUUAUCGCAGUUUUUAUUUUUAUCGCGAAGAGCAUCGUAAUAUGUUAUUUGUAAUUAUUUUUUAAUAAUCGAGCCAGUGAUGGACGAUUUAGGUAUCGUUCCGAGAGGUCAAAAAAUCAAAAAUAUUCUAAAGUAAAAAAGAACAACCGAUUACACUUUAUAUUGUAUUAAUCAAAGUGUUCGAAGAAAAUGAUUUUUAAAAAA